AUGUCUCAAAAUCAUUUAAGGUUCACUCUGAGUGGUGGAGAGAGUAGUAUGGUUGAGCCACAUCAACAACCACUUCAUCCCCAACCCCACUACCAACAAUCCACAACCACCUCACCGUCCUUCCACAACAACAACAACUCUCGGAAUUAUGGAAACAAUCCAUCAUCAUCGUUGGUACAAAAUGGAACUGAAACAUCUCGCAAUUAUCAUCUUCUCUCCGCUGGAUCACCUCAUCGGGAUCCUUCAUCAUCAUCUCCAUCACGAAAUAAUAAUACGACGACGACGACAUCUUCUCUUUCAUUGUUGUCUUCCAUACUACAACAACAACAUCAAAAUCAUCAACAACAACAACAUCAUUCAACUACUAAUCACCAUCCCGUAAAUGUCACUCCGAGAGGCCAAAAUAACCAUCCAUCCAACAAUAACAACAACAACAAUGGUCAAUUAUUAACCUCCUCAUUCACUUCAUCAUCUCCUAUAACAUCACCCACCACCACAACAACAAGACAACGAAAAAACAGUUUUUCUAAAUUAUUUACAAAAUCUUUUCCUUCGGAUGAUGCGAUGAGUAGUGAUGGUGCUUCGGAAGAGUCUCAAAUGAUGGAUCAUUCUCCUAUCGCUCAUUGUUUUCUACCAAAUGGUGGUGGUGGAGGAAUUCCACAUCAUCAUGAUCAUACCGUCGAGGAUGAUACAAUCAUUGGAUUCGAACAUCAUCACAAUAUACAUGAAAUGAAUUCAAAAUUAUAUGAAAUUAUAUUCGAAUUGGAAAAUUCAAGAAGAAGAAGACGUUUGUCACAAUCUUCUUCUUCUCCAUUGGAUGUCAUUUCUUUUGGAACGAGUCCUCCACCUAAUUCUCCAAAUUCUUUCACAGCAACUUCAAACUCUCAAUUAUCCAUCUCCAUGCCCCAUUACUCUUUGUCACCUUCACAACGAGGAAUAAGUUCAUUAUCAACUUCUCCACAACCAAUGCACUACAUGUCCAAUAGUAAUGAAUCAAAAAGUGGAAGACUAAAAAACACAUUUCGAAAAUUAUGGCCCAAAUCAGGUUCAACAACAACUCUGAGCACUGCUGCUGCAUCCACAACAACGACAUCUUCUCGACCUGUGGUACCACCACUAUUUUCAAAAUCAGGAUUUUCACAUCCUGAAACAAAUUCUGUAAUGACAUUUUCCAGUACUUUCAUGAAUGACCUUAAUGAUUCUAAGGCAAGAGAGGAGAGAAAGUUAUUGGAACGAUAUGGUAGACGUCCACAAAUGAUGGCAGCUGGAGGUUCUCUGACGCCACGUACUCCUCGAACACCGAGAACUCCUAGAAAUAAUUCUAAAAAUCCGACAGAAAUUGUAGAAGAUGGAACUGAAGUUUCACUCUUGGUGUCACCAAGAGGUGCAAUUUCACCAAGUCGAACCAUCUCUUCGAUUGCACUACCCAAUACACCGAGAAGUGUGAGUGGUGAAGAACCAAGCGUUUCAGAUUAUCCCAUCGAUGAUAUAACAUUUUUGGAACAUCCAACACCAGAGAACAUUGUAAAAUUACUCGAGUUUCGAUACAAUAAGAAGGAUUUUAACAAGAGAAUGCCUUUAUUUUAUACCUAUCUAGGAGACAUGUUAAUUUCUGUCAAUCCCUAUGACAUCAAAGAGACAGUUUCCAAUUACAAAAAUUCAGUCAUACAUUUUUAUCACAAACAAACACCAUUUGCUAGAGCACCACACUUGUACUCUAUUGCUGAAAACGCUUUUAGGAAUAUGAAAGAGACCCAUCAACCACAAACAAUAAUUGUGAAUGGAGAAAGCGGAUCAGGAAAAACCGAGAGUAGUAAGCUCAUACUAGGUUAUUUAACAGCAAUAUCACUGAAUGGAUCAUCCUCUUUAGAUGUUAAACAUACUUUAAUAGAUUCUAAUCAAACACUAGAGGCAUUUGGAAAUGCGAAAACAAAACAUUGUGACAAUUCAUCACGUUUUGGAAAACAUACCACCAUUUACUUUGGAUUUAAGGGUAGAAUUGAAGGUGGAAAAAUAUCUACCAUUUUACUGGAAAAAAGUCAUGUCACUCACCAGAGAAAGAAGGAACGAAAUUUUCAUAUUUUCUACCAACUCUGUCGAGGAGCUGAUAAAUCCAUACGAGAAAAGUUUAAUCUUCAUGAUCCCUCUUAUUUUUCCUAUCUGAACACAACAGAGACCACCAUUCAUGGCGUCGAUGACAGUAAGGAAUAUAAAAGCACUAUUCACAGCAUGGAUUCUGUAGGAAUUACUCACAAAGAACGAAAAGAAGUAUUUCGAUUAGUUGCUGGAAUUUUACAUUUAGGAAACAUCCAAAUCAUUGAGAGUUCGUCUGAACAUAAGGAAAGAGCAGAUAUUUUGGACAACGAUGAGGCUCUGAAGUGGGCAUCAUUUUGUUUCCGAAUUGAACCAAAAGCUCUCAAAAAAUCACUUCUCUCACGUACUCUUAAUGCAGGUGAGCGUUAUGUUCGAAAAGAUCAAACUGUGAACGAAGCCAUUUACAACAGAGAUGCACUCGCUAAAGGUGUCUAUGAACGACUCUUUUUGUGGAUCAUUAAGAAAAUUAACAAAGCCAUCAAACCAAAAUCAAAAGAGAACACCACGAGUAUCAGUAUUUUGGAUUUAUAUGGAUUUGAAAUUUAUCCAACAGACAACUCAUUGGAGCAACUCAAUAUCAAUUAUGUGAAUGAAAAGUUGCAACAACAAAUUUUGAAAGAAUUACAACAAGAAAAAGAGGACUAUGUCAUGGAAGGAAUCACUUCUUUUGAUCCAUUUACUGAGAGUAAUAUCACUGGUGGUCAGACCUCUCAAGCACUUCUCUCAAAGUUGAAAAAUGGUUUAUUGAAUAUAACUUUGACGAGAGAUGUUAAAAAAGAUGUAACAUCGUCGUCACCACUCGAUCACUCUCCAUUUCAACUGGAUUAUAUCAGCAUUAAUGAUUGCAUUAGUACCAUUGAAGAUCAUCCAAUAGGAAUUUAUUCACUUCUCGAUGAAGAAGACUUUUUGAUUGGAUCAGGAAGUGAUGAACGCUAUCUCUUUAAAUUACUCACCAAUCUAAAAGGAAAAUCUAAAAGUUUUGAACCUUCCAGAUUCAAAGGAUUAACAUUUAGUUUGAAACACUUUGCUGCUAAAGUAGAGUACAAUGUGACCGAUUGGGUUCAAAAGAACAAGGAUACUCUUUUCAAAGAUUUGAUCGAGGUCAUGAGCUCAAGCACAUCCUUUCUAUUGAGAGAAAUUUUUCCUGAAGAUGAACUCACCAACAAAGAAUCAGAAUUUCGAAGACUACAAGAAACCAUUGUGAAACAAUUUAAGAGAGAUGUCAACACAUUGAUGAAUAAGAAGCUCAAAGGCAAACAUCAUUAUAUUUACUGUAUCAAGCCAAAUGAUGAGCAAAAACCAUUCAAAUUUGAUCGCGAUCUCGUUCUUCAUCAAGUGAAAUAUUUAGGCCUCAGCUCCAUUUCUCAUAUCAAGCAACAUGGAUUCUUCUUCAAAAUGAAAUAUGACAAAUUUAUACACAAAUACAAGUGUCUGAGUCCAGUGACAUGGCCUCUCUGGAGCAAUUCAGACAUCAAAAAAGGAUGUCAUAUCAUAUUAAGUGAGCUCAAUAUUGAUCUUAACAAUUGUGCAUUUGGAAGGACACAAAUAUUUCUAAAGACACCUCUCGAAAUGUCCAUUCUCAACGACAAGCUUGAACAAAUUCAUGAAGCAGUUGCUAUUCUUCUACAGAGAAGAUAUCGAGAAAUUGUUUACAAAAAAAAACGAAGAAAAGAAGAAAUUAUCAAAUCACAACUGAGAGGACUCAAUCACUCGAUUGACAAAUCUAUUGGAUCGAUGGUCUUUUUUGAACAUCAUGUGAAUCAAAUUAUUAAUGGCACUCGUCAAAGCAGAUUACUCGUCCUAUCGGCUUCUCAUUUGUGUUUUCUCGAUGCAGACGAGUAUGAAAUGAAAUUUAGUUUUCCCAUUUCGUGCAUUUAUCGAUUGUGUAUGAGUCGAUACAAUGAUGGAAUUCUCAUUAUUUGUAUGAAAUAUUUUGGAGACAUCAUUUUGGAUGUGGAAAAUAAGCAAAAAGUGUAUCAAGAAAUUUAUUCAACAUUUACAUCAUUAAUGGCAAGAUCCAUUGAUGUGUUUAUUGACUCUUCUUUCACCUUGGAACCUUCUAUAUUCUUAUUAGAGUCGAAUGAGUUGAUUCAAAAGGAAGAAUAUCAACGAAUAAUGAAGGAAUUUAAUUCUUCGAUGGAUCUCGUUCAUUUGAAUCAUCAACUAUCGAGCACAACAACAUUUCAACGAAAACCCUUCACAGUUCAAUUUUUAAAAGAUUUUACCAUUUCCACCAUAAAAAUUGAACGAGUGAAUCAGGGAAUGAUUGUCUAUGUGAAACCUAAUGAAGAUAUAUUUGGAGGUAAAAAACAAAGACGACAUGGAAGUUUUUAUAGACAAUUUGUGGGUGAUUCUUUACUCAUGAAACAUACAGAUUUUAUGAAAGAUAAGAUUGAACAUGGAGAGGAUAGAGAUGUCCUAUUUUCUGAUGAAGUCAGCAAGUAUGACAAGACUUUUAAGAAGAGAAAUCGUUUAAUGAUCAUUACAGAGAGAUCUGUCUAUUUAAUGCACACAAAUUUCUUUGCUCAAAGCUAUGGAAACUAUUUUUCGAAAACGAGAAGAAUUCCACUCAGAAGAAUUUACAAAAUUUCUGUGUCGCCAUUUUCAGAUAAUUUUUUCUUUGUUCAUGUGAGAGGUGAAAGUGAUGUGGCCUUGGAGAGUGUGAAAAAGACGGAGAUUAUCAGUACUCUGAGUUCCAUAUCCAAGUCUACACUUUCGAGAACUUUUGAAGUUGAAGUAACCUCUAAAAUCUAUCAGACCACAAAGAAUCCCAGUAUCACUCGAUUGAUUACCAUUGAACAAGUCCAAUCUCCACCCACAAGAAGAAUUGAAUACAAAAAACCUGAUGUGAAAAUUUUCAUCCAUCAAGAGGAAGUUUUUGAAGAAUAUUCAAAGAGCAUCAUGGACGUGUAUUGUGGAAAGAAAUCUCGCAGAGUCAUGUCACUAGAUCUCAAAGAUGAACCAACAGAAGAUCAAGGCGAUUUAUUAAUUGUCAAUGAAAUUAUUUCCAAAGAUGACACGCCAAACUUUCUUACAGAGGUGGAAUUGAUAAACCCUUUCUCACUAUCCUCUUCCAAGAAAAAGAUGGCCAUUACUUCGUCCACGAUUUACUUGUUUGGAAAGAAGAAUAUUGAUCAAGACAAUCUGUCAAUUUCUAUUCAAGAUAUUGAAGCGAUAUACUGUAGCUGCUUCUGUGACGACAUAUUUGUGGUGUAUUGCCGUAAUCGAUCCAAUCAAGGAGACAUGAAUCAUUCAGUAAUUGCAUACAUAUUUAAUUCUGAUCAUAAGACAAAGAUUAUCCAAGUAUUGAAGGAGCAAGCGAAUCCUGCGAUUGAAUUGAUCAUCCACUCGAAAAUUGUCAUUCCCUAUCGAUACAUAUUUGCAAGAUCAGACGCUUUCAAGUCAUCUCAAAGCGACGAUAUGUUUGAACAAGCCCUCUCUCAGACACCGUCCAUUGAGAGUUUAGAUACUUCCGAAAAUUCCAACACUGCUACCAGUAUGACUGCCAUGAUGGAAUGUGCCUCUCCUGAGACUCCAAAUAAUAUCUUGAAUCAUAGAAUUAUUGAGGAAACUCUACUUCCGAGAAAGGAUGGAAAUGGUACCUUAACCAUCACUUUUGAAAUUGACAGAACUCUCUCUGUGGUAUGUUAUAUCAUGCUAUUUCAUGAUGAAUAA